AUAUUGUAGCCUAAAAUUUUGUUGGUAGCUUAACAACUAUCAACUUCGAUUCCAAUGCGCAAUAGACAAUAAUUUAAACCGCGGUAGUUGAUUUCCACAUUAACGCCGCAGGUUUUGUUUAAAACGAAACCAUUUUGACCCAGAGAUUCAGAGGGAGUCUAUAGCCACCAAACAAUAAUAUCUAUUUGUUUCUUAUAUCGGGGCAGGUGGAUCUUCUAAACCAUUUGGUCUGUCUUUCUUUUCUUCUUGAUUCAGAAAUUGUAGUGCACUAAAUUCAGUCAAAAUGCAGUGCAUUGCAGCUCUGAACUAUUCGGGCAAAGUGGGCUUCCAUGGCAUUGGAAACAUCACCACUGGUCCUCGGUCUCAUCCAAUGUUGUUACGUUCCAAGGUGCCCUUCCGCCCAAAUCUGGAAUCAGCUAAACCCCUCAUUUGCAGUUUUCUCAGACAGCCAAGCGAGGCUAGAUUAAGUUCAUGUUCUGUUUUGGGUUCAGCUCUUACCAAGUAUGGGAACGGGGCCUCCAGAGAUGGUUGUGUUAGAGCAGGGGCAGCUCAACAAGAUGGGGCCAUACCAUCUGCUGCUGCUGAUGAUGAUGCAAAGGGUAAGCUUAUGAAGACCUUGCAGUUGGGAUCUCUAUUUGGCCUUUGGUAUCUCUUCAAUAUCUAUUUCAACAUUUAUAACAAACAGGUUCUGAAGGCAUAUUCCUUCCCAAUUACAAUCACAAAUUUCCAAUUUGUAGUGGGAACUGUAAUGGUAUUAUUCUUGUGGUCUACUGGAUUGCAUAAGAGACCUAAAAUAACUGGUUCACAGCUAAUGGCAAUUUUACCUUUGGCAUGUGUCCACACCAUGGGAAAUCUUUUUACCAACAUGAGCCUUGGCAAAGUUUCUGUUUCUUUCACACAUACAAUUAAAGCCAUGGAGCCCUUUUUUUCUGUUCUCUUGUCGGCAUUAUUUCUUGGCGACGUACCAAAUCCAUUGGUCGUGGCAUCUCUUGCACCUAUUGUUGGUGGAGUAGCACUGGCAUCUAUGACAGAGGCUUCUUUUAACUGGGCGGGAUUUUGGAGUGCAAUGGCUUCAAAUGUGACAUUUCAAUCUCGUAAUGUUCUUAGCAAGAAAUUGAUGGUGAAGAAAGAGGAAUCUCUCGACAAUAUAAAUUUAUUCUCAAUAAUAACAAUCAUGUCAUUGUUCUUGCUUGCUCCAGUAACUCUUUUCUUUGAAGGUGUAAAGUUUACACCUUCUUACAUACAGUCUGUGGGUUUAGAUGUAAAGGUGAUAGCUUUAAGAGCUUUGCUGGCAGGGGUGUGCUUUCAUUCAUAUCAGCAGGUAUCCUACAUGAUACUUCAGAAAGUAUCUCCAGUUACACAUUCUGUGGGUAACUGUGUUAAGCGAGUGGUUGUCAUAGUGACCUCAGUUCUUUUCUUCAGGACACCCGUUUCUUCAUUAAAUGCACUUGGAACUAGUAUUGCUCUGGCUGGAGUUUUUGCAUAUUCAAGGAUAAAGCAACUGAAACCAAAGCCUAAACUGAAGGCAGAGUAAGGUUUGUUGAAACUGGUAGUGAGCUUGGUUUUUGAUGUGAUAGGUUGAGCAUGGUGACAGUUGCCAUGAGUUUUGUACACUAUCUCUGGAAUUCAAAUUGAUGUUGCUUUUGAAAUCAAUGAAUAAUUUCUGGUGUUCACAUUUUAGCAAAUAACUGCAUACCCAUUUCACUCUUUCUUGUAGACUCUUCCUGAUGUUUUGUUUAUGCAGAGGAUUCAUUAUUUCGUCAAAUUUGAGAGCCAUGUUGUCACAAUAAUGAAUAAGAUUAAGAGUGUUUUCACGA